GGGCGUUUUCUCUGUGGAUAAACUGCUGGGCUUGGUAUACGGGUCUGAUGGCGCCCUUAGGGUUGAUGCAGAUUCUGAGUCGGAAGGCUCUGGGACUUGGGGUGAAGAGAGUAUGGUUUCGGGGUAUACACCGGGGAAGCCGUCUCCUCGCCGAUCAUCCUCCUGCACAACCAGUCACCUCCAUUAGUUAUGUCCAUGGAACGAGCGUUCUACCAUUGACCAGCCGGACUGUGCAGCAGUGUCUGUGGGACACAACCCAGCGUAUACCCGAUGAAGAAGCCGUUGUAGUUGUCCAUUCUGGUACACGGAAAACCUUCAGCCAAAUGAGUAAAGAUGUAGAGACCCUCGCUGCAGGGCUCUUAGCUCUCGGCUUGAAGAAAGGAGAACGCGUGGGCAUGUGGGGGCCAAAUUCCUAUGAAUGGGUCCUUAUGCAGUUUGCAACAGCUCAGGCCGGACUUAUUUUGGUCUCUGUGAAUCCUGCGUAUCAAGAAAGUGAGGUGAAAUAUGUGCUGAAGAAGGUUGGCUGUUCUGCCCUUGUGUUUCCAUCAGAGUUUAAAACUCAGAGAUAUUAUGAAAUUGUAAAGAAGAUUUGUCCAGAGAUCGAUAAUUCUCCAGCUGGGGGAAUCAAGAGCAAGACACUUCCCGACCUGAAGAUUGUUAUAGUCUUGGACAAGAAGUUUCCAGGUGCAUUUCAGUUCCAAGAAGUAAUGGAUGCUGGGAGCACUCAGUUUGUUCAGCAGCUGCACAACUUACAGAAGAAAAUAUCCUGCGAUGAUCCUGUCAACAUCCAGUUUACAUCUGGAACAACUGGAUAUCCUAAAGGAGCGACCCUGAGCCACCAUAACAUUGUGAACAAUGCGGCUAUGAUAGGGCACAGGAUUGGCCAUGACUGGUUGAAGGGACAACGGAUAGCGCUUCCUGUGCCUCUCUACCACUGCAUGGGCUCCGUUUUAGGCAGUCUUGUAAUGGCUGUGUAUGGUCCAGCGGUGGUUUUUCCCUCUCCAACCUUUGACGCUCGUGCUUUAUUGCAGGCUAUUUCACGGGAGAGAUGCACAACGAUGUACGGGACUCCGACCAUGUAUAUAGAUCUUUUGGCGCAGCCAGACUAUGCUUCUCUUACUUCUCAUCUCACCCAUGGAGUGAUUGCUGGGUCCAUCGCACCGCCUGAGAUUGUAAAGAAACUUGCCACCGAGACUCCUAUGAGAAAUAUUGUGAUUGGAUAUGGCACGACAGAAAACAGCCCGGUGACUUUUGCAGGCUUUGCCUAUGAUGAAAUUUUUCGAAAAUGUGACACUGUAGGCUCUGUUAUGCCCCAUACUGAGGCAAAAAUAGUAGACACCAACACAGGUUGCAUUGUACCAUUAAAUACCCCCGGUGAGUUGCAGAUUAGAGGUUAUUGCAUCAUGCUGGGCUACUGGGCAGAUGAAGAAAAAACCAGAGAGACAAUUACUUCCGAGAAAUGGUACAAAACUGGAGAUUUAGCCACAAUGGACGAGUAUGGAUACUGUCGGAUUGUUGGGCGCUGCAAAGAUAUGAUUAUCCGAGGGGGUGAAAAUAUAUAUCCAGCUGAAAUAGAACAGUUCUUGCACACUCUUCCCAAAGUCAUGGAAGCACAGGUGAUUGGAGUAAAAGAUGAAAGGAUGGGAGAGGAGAUCUGUGCCGCCAUCAGAGUCCGUCCAAAUGAAGAAUGUUCUGCAGAAGAGAUCAAAGAAUACUGCAAAGGAAAGAUAUCUCAUUUUAAGAUUCCUCGUUACAUUGUCUUUGUAAAUGACUAUCCUCUUACAAUUUCUGGAAAGGUCCAAAAGUUUAAAUUGAAAGAAAUCAUGGAGAAACAGCUGAAAUUAUGAGAAGAAUAGAAAAAGGAGCUGGAAUGAUGAAGAACACGUAGCCGUCGACUUCUCUUCCUAUCACUGUCCUUACCUUACGCUUCCUAUCACCAUAUUCAUACACUUUGCCUUUUCUUUAACAUAUAAGAUACGGAAUAGAUUAGGUGCUCGGUUAGGAAUAAGAUUUGCUGCCAGUUAGUAAUAUAGUCCCUCAGCCCGGGUUCAUUCAUGCACUUCAAGCUCCGUGCAGGACGGCCACUACUACUCUGAUAUACAUGAAGCCUGAGCCACAGCAAAGUCUGUGUAAUAUAAGGGAGCCCACUGCAUCCAAAGGCCUGUACAGUAAGAAUGUCAUUGAAUCAUUUUUUAUUGUUUUAAUCAAAUCAAAUAUUUUUUAUUGGAAUUUUAAUGAUUACCAUUACAAAACCAGGCCCAGCGCACAGACCCCAGAGUUUUCUUCAAUAGGUUUUAACCUUUUUUUAUGUAGGAUCAGUCUUUUUAUUAAAUUAAUUAAGAUGACCAUGCACAUAGGAGAAAAGUUGGCCAAACCUGCUGACCCAAAACAGGAGUGGCGGGCUAUCUUAUGCGUA